AUGCACAACUCAACCAUCAACCCGCUGAAGAUACUGCUCAUUGUAGUGGGCGGAAUCGACAAAGUCGCCCCAAUAACCCAAUACUCGUACCACCAUUUUGCGAGGAUAGAAGAUCCUGCCAACCAUAGGCUGACCGAAACCGGACUUCGGCUUGGAACCAGAGAGAAACCUUUCAUGACCGAAGUCUUCACCUCGUCGUCUAAGAGAUACGCCAUUCUAGCCGACAAGUUUAUCUGGGAAGCCGAUGGUAUCUUGUUGGUAUACAGCGUCACAAACAAGAACGCUCUUCGCCAAGUAACACAUCAAUACAACAAGAUUGAGCGUGUGCGCAAUGUGGGAGCCAUACGGCAAAACAGUUGCCAAUGCCAUCGUGUACCCUCGAUGCCACUUCUCCUUGUCGGGAUCGACUCCGGAUCAAAUGUUCCAAGGAUGGUGCCUCGAGAGCGAGGAGCCAACCUCGCUCUCCAGCUGGGCAUUGAGUUCAUGGAAAUAAAAGAGACAUGGAAUUCUCCAAUCGAAAUUCUCUUCUACCAAAUAGUGCGGGCAAUAAAUAACUAUACUCAUCGAGCCAAAGAUUUCGAUGAGUACCGCCGAUGUCCAGAAGUCAGAGCCACAGCAGGACGAAGCUUAGGGGCGGCACUCAGUCGCUGGAUGAAAUCCGAUCUCGAUAAAUUAAAGGCGUCUAUCCAACCUUUCAGGCGCGAAACUCGAGAACCAGACAUUAGCCGUCUACGCCAUGCGAUCAUCCAUGAUGAGCAAGAGACAGCUCGGUGCCUGAUACAGAGUGGCGUUGAUGUCAACAGCUUUGAUCAGUCGGGGUCUACGCUGUUGCAUAUUGCUGCAGCCCUGAAUCGAGUCGAGAUCACGAAACUGCUUCUUCAGAAUGGAGCUUCCGUCGACCAAGUCUUGCCUCUCAAUGGGACAGCACUGACUGUUGCGGCUUCUCGAGGACAUGACGAAAUUGCGCAUAUUCUGCUUGCGUAUGGCGCUCGCGUCGAUAUUCCUUGCGACUACUACGAAAACAUGCUGCAAGCUGUAGCACGGAGAGAUAAUCCCCAUAUCCUACCGCAUCUUAAGAAGAGGAUGAGCUGGAGGCCAUAUAUUACUAAGAGAUUUUCGUUGUGUUGA